AGAAGUUCAACACCUAUGUGACGCUGAAGGUGCAGAAUGUCAAAAGUACCACCAUCGCAGUGCGGGGCAAUCUGCCUGCCUGGGAGCAGGACUUCAUGUUUGAGAUCAAUCGCUUGGACCUGGGCCUGACAGUGGAGGUGUGGAACAAGGGCCUGAUUUGGGACACCAUGGUGGGGACGGUGUGGAUCCCAUUGCGCACCAUCCGGCAGUCCAACGAGGAGGGCCCUGGGGAAUGGCUGACCCUCGACUCGCAGGUCAUUAUGACUGACAAUGAGAUUUCAGGCACUAAGGACCCCACCUUCCACCGCAUCCUCCUGGACACCCGCUUUGAGCUGCCGUUGGACAUCCCCGAGGAGGAGGCGAGGUAUUGGGCAAAGAAGCUGGAGCAGCUCAACGCCAUGCGGGACCAGGAUGAUUAUGCCUUCCAGGAGGAGCAGGAGAAGCCACUGCCCGUGCACGGCUCCCAGUGCUGCAACUGGAAUUAUUUCGGCUGGGGAGAGCAGCAGAACGAUGAUCCCGACAGCACGGUGGAUGACCGGGACAGCGAUUACCGCAGCGAGACCAGCAACAGCAUCCCCCCACCCUACUACACCACCUCGCAGCCCAACGCCUCGGUGCACCAAUACCCCAUGAGGCACCAGCAGCAGAGCUCCCGCGACUCCUACACCGACUCCAUGCAGAGCUACGAGAUGGACUACUCAGACCAGCGGCCCGUCAGACGCUACAGUAGCGUAGAUUCUGCCCCAAACGGGCGCAGCGACGCUGAGUCUGCUUCGGGGUCCAGCAGGCGGACCAGCCGCCAGCCUUCCCUUGAGAGCAGGCGGUCCCUAGACCUAUCGGAUAGCCCCACGGGGAGCAGCCGCUACGCCUCGUCUGCCGAGUUGAGCCAAGGCAGCUCCCAGCUGAGCGAGGACUUCGAGAAUGAGAGCCUGAGGGACUCAGAGCUGGACGAGAGGGACGGCGACUCCUACCACUCCUGCCACAGCUCCGUCAGCUACCGCAAGGAUUCGCCACGCUGGGAGGAGGAUGAGGAUGAUGACCUCUACCUGGAGGAGGAGGAGGAGGAAGAGUUCAAUGAGGACUACAGUGAGAAUGAGGAGGGCUACCCCAAGGAGGAAGAGGAGGAGGAGGAGGAGGAGGAGGAGGAGCUGCGGGAGCCGGGUGCCUACGAAGCCCCUGAGCGUGACGCCUAUCCCACACCACAGAAACCACAGCAGCAGCAGCAGGUCCCACAGGUGAAGCCACAGCAGCAGGAAAGGAAAGAGGAGAGGAAGGAAGAGAGGAAGGAGGAGAGGAAGGAGGAGCAGGAUACAUCUGCCCCACAGGAGGCCCCAGAGGUGCAGAAAGAUGAAGCUCCCGUGCAGGAGCCAGCACCCGAACCCGAGCCCCCAAAACAGGAUGACAGGGAGCCGGUGGAAGCGGAGGUGCAGGACCCCAAAGCGCGAGCCAAAGCCAACUGGCUGCGAGCCUUCAACAAAGUCUGCCUGCAGCUACAGGAGGCUCGUGGGGAAGGCGAUGGAGAAGCGAAAUCGCUUUGGUUCAAAGGCGGGGGGGCGGCUGUAAGGUUUCUGCGCUGCAUUAACAGCAUGCCCGACAUUAAGCCCGGACGCAAAUCUCUCCCUCUAGUCAGCGAUCUGGCAAUGUCCUUGGUCCAGUCCAGGAAAGCGGGAAUCACAUCCGCAUUGGCCUCCAGCACCUUGAACAAUGAGGAGCUGAAAAACCAUGUUUACAAGAAGACCCUGCAAGCCUUAGUGUACCCCAUCUCCUGCACCACACCCCACAACUUCGAGGUGUGGACGGCCACCACCCCCACCUACUGCUACGAGUGCGAGGGGCUGCUGUGGGGCAUCGCCCGGCAGGGCAUGCGCUGCGCCGAGUGCGGGGUCAAGUGCCACGAGAAGUGCCAGGACCUGCUCAACGCUGACUGCCUGCAGAGGGCGGCGGAGAAGAGCUCCAAGCACGGAGCUGAGGAUCGCACGCAGAACAUCAUCAUGGUGCUGAAAGACCGCAUGAAGAUCCGCGAGCGCAACAAGCCGGAGAUCUUCGAGCUGAUCCAGGAGGUGUUUGGGGUCACCAAGACCACGCACACGCAGCAGAUGAAGGCUGUGAAGCAGAGCGUCCUGGAUGGCACCUCCAAGUGGUCGGCCAAGAUCAGCAUCACGGUGGUUUGUGCCCAGGGCCUGCAAGCAAAGGAUAAGACGGGCUCCAGUGACCCCUAUGUGACCGUCCAGGUUGGAAAGACAAAAAAAAGGACUAAAACCAUCUAUGGCAAUCUCAACCCGGUCUGGGAGGAAAAUUUCCAUUUUGAGUGCCAUAACUCCUCCGACCGCAUCAAAGUCCGUGUCUGGGAUGAGGAUGAUGACAUCAAAUCCCGCGUCAAGCAGCGCUUCAAGAGGGAGUCCGACGACUUCCUGGGCCAAACCAUCAUCGAGGUGCGGACACUGAGUGGGGAGAUGGACGUCUGGUACAACCUGGACAAGCGGACGGACAAGUCGGCUGUGUCGGGAGCCAUCCGGCUGCACAUCAGCGUGGAGAUCAAGGGCGAGGAGAAGGUGGCCCCCUACCACGUGCAGUACACGUGUCUGCACGAGAACCUUUUCCACUUCGUGACGGAUUUACAAAACAACGGAGUGGUGAAGAUCCCCGACGCCAAAGGGGACGACGCCUGGAAGGUUUACUUUGAUGAGACGGCACAGGAGAUCGUGGAUGAGUUUGCCAUGCGCUAUGGGGUGGAAUCCAUCUACCAGGCCAUGACGCACUUUGCUUGCCUGUCCUCCAAAUACAUGUGCCCAGGGGUGCCGGCAGUGAUGAGCACCCUGCUGGCCAACAUCAACGCUUACUAUGCCCACACCACAGCCUCCACCAACGUCUCUGCCUCCGACCGCUUUGCCGCUUCCAAUUUCGGGGUAAGUCCGAUGAAAGAGCGCUUCGUCAAACUCCUCGACCAGCUGCACAACUCGCUGCGCAUCGACCUCUCCAUGUACCGGAACAACUUCCCUGCCAGCAGUCCUGAGAGGCUGCAGGACCUCAAGUCCACAGUGGACUUGCUGACCAGCAUCACCUUUUUCCGGAUGAAGGUCCAGGAGCUGCAGAGCCCACCCCGAGCCAGCCAGGUGGUGAAGGACUGCGUGAAGGCAUGCCUCAACUCCACCUACGAAUACAUCUUCAACAACUGCCACGAGCUCUACAGCCGCGAGUACCAGACCGACCCGAACAAGAAAGGCGAGGUGCCCCCCGAAGAACAGGGGCCCAGCAUCAAAAACCUGGAUUUCUGGUCCAAGCUCAUCACCCUGAUUGUGUCCAUUAUUGAGGAGGACAAGAACUCCUACACGCCCUGCCUGAACCAGUUCCCCCAGGAGCUGAAUGUGGGGAAGAUCAGCGCCGAGGUGAUGUGGAACCUCUUUGCCCAGGACAUGAAGUACGCGAUGGAGGAGCACGACAAGCACCGCCUGUGCAAGAGCGCAGACUACAUGAACCUGCACUUCAAGGUGAAGUGGCUGUACAACGAGUACGUCACCGAGCUGCCCUCCUUCAAGAGCCGCGUCCCGGAGUACCCUGCAUGGUUUGAGCCCUUUGUUAUCCAAUGGUUGGAUGAGAAUGAGGAGGUGUCGCGGGAUUUCCUGCACGGAGCUUUGGAGCGCGACAAGAAGGACGGGUUCCAGCAGACGUCGGAGCACGCGCUCUUCUCCUGCUCCGUGGUGGACGUCUUCUCCCAGCUCAACCAGAGCUUUGAGAUCAUCAAGAAACUCGAGUGCCCCGACCCGCAGAUUGUCGGGCACUACAUGCGGAGGUUCGCCAAGACCAUCAGCAACGUGCUGCUGCAGUACGCCGAGAUCAUCUCCAAGGAUUUUGCCUCAUACUGCUCCAAGGAGAAGGAGAAAGUGCCCUGCAUCCUGAUGAACAACAUCCAGCAGCUCCGCGUCCAGCUGGAGAAGAUGUUUGAGGCCAUGGGGGGGAAGGAGCUGGACACAGAAGCCAGUGACAUCCUAAAGGAGCUGCAGGUGAAGCUCAACAACGUCCUGGAUGAGCUGAGCCGAGUGUUUGCCACCAGCUUCCAGCCCCACAUCGAGGAAUGCGUUAAGCAGAUGGGGGACAUCCUGAGCCAGGUGAAGGGCACCGGCAAUGUCCCCGCCAGCACCUGCAGCAGCGUGGCACAGGAUGCUGACAACGUCCUGCAGCCCAUCAUGGACCUCUUGGACAGCAACCUGACACUCUUCGCCAAGAUCUGCGAGAAGACGGUGCUGAAGCGCGUGCUGAAGGAGCUCUGGAAGCUGGUGAUGAACACCAUGGAGAAAACCAUCGUGCUGCCACCGCUCACCGACCAGACGAUGAUUGGCACGCUCUUGAGAAAACAUGGCAAAGGGACAGAGAAGAGCAGGGUGAAGCUGCCCAGUCACACUGAAGGCACGCAGAUGAUCUUCAACGCGGCCAAGGAGCUGGGGCAGCUCUCCAAGCUGAAGGACCACAUGGUGAGGGAGGAAGCCAAGAGCCUGACCCCCAAGCAGUGCGCGGUGGUGGAGCUGGCGUUGGACACCAUCAAGCAAUACUUCCACGCUGGCGGCGUGGGGCUGAAGAAGACCUUCCUGGAGAAGAGCCCCGACCUGCAGUCGCUGCGCUACGCGCUGUCCCUGUACACCCAAGCCACCGACCUGCUCAUCAAAACCUUUGUGCAGACACAGACAUCACAAGUCCAUGGUGGAAAAGGUGUUAGGUUUACCCUUAGUGAAGAGAUUUAUCCUGAGAAGGGAUCUGGUGUGGAGGACCCCGUUGGGGAGGUGUCCAUCCACGUGGAGCUCUUCACCCACCCCGGCACCGGCGAACACAAAGUCACUGUGAAAGUGGUGGCUGCCAAUGACCUGAAGUGGCAGACGUCGGGCAUCUUCCGGCCCUUCAUUGAGGUCAACAUCAUCGGCCCCCACCUGAGUGACAAGAAGAGGAAAUUUGCCACCAAGUCCAAGAACAACAGCUGGGCCCCCAAGUACAACGAGAGCUUCCAGUUCACCCUGGGGACAGAGACGGGUCCCGAGUGCUACGAGCUGCAGGUGUGCGUGAAGGAUUACUGCUUCGCCCGCGAGGACCGCACGGUGGGCAUCGCCGUGCUGCAGCUGCGCGACCUCCUGCAGCGGGGGGGCUGCGCCUGCUGGCUGCCCCUCGGCCGCCGCAUCCACAUGGACGACACGGGGCUGACCGUGCUGCGCAUCCUGUCCCAGCGCAACAACGACGAGGUGGCCAAGGAGUUCGUCAAGCUCAAAUCCGACACGCGCUCGGCCGAGGAGGGCAGCACUUAA